UGCCCAAACCCUCGCCUAAAACCUGGGGUCACGUGAAUUGACCUUGGGGUUUCUUAUCGUGUGUGUGUGGCCGAGAUGGCCGAUAAGGAUGCCAUCAUCGGCGUCUUCACCCAGUUGCCUUUUCGUACACCUUCCACGCUUCCUCACACAACUCCACUGGCACAUGGAUAUCCUGGAUAUCCCGAAUGUCCCUCAAGCAGAUUGACCUCACUACUGCGCUGAGGCCAUCUUUACUUCCAGACGAAGUCCUCCUAUUUGUCCAGGACAGUGUUGGGCUCUAUGAGGGGAAGUAUAAAAUACCAAAUCACCAGGAUGGGCAUGUCUACUUGACGUCCCAUCGGAUCUACUAUGUGGACAAUGAAAACCCGCGAAAGAACUCCGUGGGAAUCGACUUGAAGGAGGUUGAGCGAUUUGAAUUCUAUGCAGGCUUUCUAAAAUCUUCACCGAAGAUUACCCUCGUUCCUAAACCUUCCAAAAGGUUAUCCACCCAGAACAGGGUCACCGUGCUGAACUCGCCCUCUCGAAGCGCUACAUCCUCGCCAACAACCCGUACAGACAGUCCCUUUCACCUACCGCCUGCUGAGCCAACUACAGCAAGCAAUGCCACUUGGAUUUGCCCCAUAUGCACAUUUUCGAACCCUGUACCGUCAAACUUCGACCCUUCUACGGCCACAAUACACACGCCGCUGCCGCCAUGCUUAGCCUGUGGUAUAAAGCCUCCUUUAGCCCAUGUUCUCAAAGCCGCUAUAGCCAGUGCAGCGAAUCGCCCAGCAGCUCCUACGAAUACUUUGCGCACCCCAGUGCCAAUACGAAGUCGAGAUGAGAGUGCACGACCACUUUCAGAGGCACGUUUCCCAGAACAGGGGCGUCUUCCCCAGGGAUCAGUUGAAAGUAGCAGUGACACGGAUUCGUUUCAGUGUCCCAGGUGCACAUUCCUUAACCACCCGUCAUUGCUCUCCUGUGAACUCUGUGGUGCUCCUCUGAUAUCCAACGAUGCUCCGAAAGGCUUCAAGCACCGGGAGGAGUUCCGACCCGAAUCACCAGGCCCGACCCUUCAAGGCUUCAGUGCGUCCGGGGUCAGGACACCGGAUAAUCUUAAAAUCUCCUUCCGAGCUGGAGGAGAGAAAAUAUUCCACGAGCGUCUAAAAGGGGCAAUGAUUCAGCGGAAGUGGCUUCUACAUGGUGCACCGCCAGUGCCAAAGCCGAGCCCGUCGGGGGAACCCUUGCCGACUGAUAGAAUAAAAACAGUUGGUAUUGCUGGGCUCGAGCAGCGACGUUUAGAUAUGCGCAGGAAUAACGAAGUGGUAAUCGGCAACGCUUUUGAGGACCUCGAAGCCCUCAUGGCGUCGGCAAAGGAGAUAGUCGCUCUCGCCGAAACUUUCGCCCGUCAGACCAACAGUGGCAGCGACACCGGCUCUUCUGAGGAGAGCACACUUCUCGCCCAGUCCGCCACCGCUCUCGGCCUUGUGACUACAAAAGACAUGCUCGGCAGUGGCAGCAGCUCUGAGACUCUCUAUCUAAGCGAGCUGUCGCGCAACCUUGCUGAGUUCCUCACCGACGACGCCACUGGCGUGCUCCGCAAAACGGGCGGUAUCAUCAGUCUUGUCGAUCUGUGGGCGCUGUUUAACCGUGCACGAAAUGGCAUCGAGCUAGUCUCGCCCCGUGACCUUGAGCGGGCUGCUCGACUCUGGGAGUCGCUGAAGCUGCCUGUGCGACUUCGCGAGUUCAAGAGUGGGGUGCUUGUCGUACAAGGCAGGGAUAGGACAGACGAGAAGACUGUAAGGGCAAUUCUUGGGUGGAUGCUUGAACAGCACACUGUGCUACCCGAGAAGAAUGUUGCAUGGGACUGGCGCACGUUUGGAAUCGGUAUCUCGGCACGGGACGUCGCAGCACAGUUUGGGUGGAGCAUCGGCGUGGCGGUGGAAGAGCUAGAGAUGGCAGAGGAGAGAGGAGCGUUAUGUAGGGCUGAGAGCAUAGAGGGAGUCACGUUCUGGGAAAAUAUGCUUGUGGAUGAUGAUAUUCCUGAUGGACUGGCACGGACCAGCGUGGUUGAGACCAUGCUAGGACAUUCAUAUUGGGUGGUAUGAAUAUUCACUCAGGAAUGGAUCUCCAUAUAACUCAUGUUUCGCGGUCUUUACAUAAAUGUUGCAAAAUGAAAUUGAGGUUCACCGCAGCUUGCCUAUCAAACCAACCGAACCCAGCCCCUUGCUUCGUUCCUGCCUGAGAUCACAGUGUUUCCUCCAGAUCACAAAAGGCAUGUUAUCACGUAAGACAUAAUCGUCGUGACCAAAUUUUCGCUUCGCUCCUGACCCAGAAGCUGUCGAGAGCGAGAGCGAGAGCGAGCGUGGGAGUGGGAGUGGGAGUGAGCGUGGGAGUGAUGAAGUGAUAAUUUCUUAAACAUCACUUCUCCUCGUUUUGAAACCGCGCGGAUCGCUUCCUCCAACCUUGAGCAAAGCGUAAAAUUUGGUCACGACGAUUAUCAUUCGUUCCACCUGGCCCGAAACCAUAAUCUCACAGAAAACAAAUGGCCUACGAGUAUAUAGUGGGAUAGCCUCCCGAUCAACAUAUCAGUUGUCACAAUGUGUAGUACAUGUGUCACAAUGGUGUAUUUCGGUGUGCCAAAAUGAUUGCAGCUACAUCAACCAGCACCGGUAUGAAUACACAAAGUCAGGUUCGAAUGCUGAUAAAGCCUCAAAAGUAAUUAGACGGUAAAAAAUUCUUUUCUUAUAUAGUCUCACGCUUCCCGGCUGUUACCAAUGUAAUCUAUAUGCACAUCUUGUCAAGCACAUCUUGUCAAGCAUCC